GUCGUUAACUCGCAUCAGAUUUAUGAUGUUUUCGCAUGUAACAACGACAGACAGUUGUUAUUUGGCAGUAAAAGUAUAAAAAUGUCCUGUUAUGCUUGUGGUUCCGGGUUUGGCCUAUUUUCAAAGGAGCAUGGAUGCAAACAAUGUGGAUAUGCAUUUUGUGGAAAAUGUUUGACAAAAAAAGCUGCCAUUCCUAAACUUAAAAAUGAAAAGCACCAUGUGUGUAACAAGUGCUUCAACAUUCUCACUGGUAAAGUGAAGAAUUCCUCACAGGAUAACACAGCGAAGUUUUCUCCUCCUGAAGCCUACAAAAAACGGGUUGCAGCCCUACAAGAACGAGAAUUGCAGGGUUCAGGUUCAUCACAUUCCAAACCUGCUGACAGAGGUCUCAAAAAGGUUCAGUAUAAGGGUCUCUCACCAGCUGAAAGGGACAUUGCAGAACGACUGGAAAAACUCAAGGAAAAACCACCAGGAAUUGAAUCCCAACCAAAGGCAACAGAGAAAGAGAUGAAGGAGCGACUGGCUAGACUAAAGGGUCAGGACCCAGCGGUGAUGGCUGCCCCAACCAAACUGGCUUUUGCUCCCGAACGGCGGACACAGCAGGCUCAAAUAGACGAUAUAUUGGACGAAAUUGCAGCAGAGGUAGAAAUAGACUCCCACAUGCCUGACCCUGUCAAACAAGUUGAAGGUCGACUGGCAAACCUGAGGGGUCAAGGUGAUACUAGCACUGAUCAGUCUUCAGCUUCCGGGGAUCAACAAAAUAAUUUAAAUAGCAGUUUAACAGACAACACACAGCCUUUUGUGCAGAACAUAGCAUCUCCCUCGGGGAAGUCGGUAACAGGUAAGAGUGAGGAGGACAUUAGUGUGGAGGAGAUGCAUAGAUUGAUUGCUGAGGCUUCACAGGAGGUGGAAGCAGAUGCACAGAGAGCACUAGAAGGACUUCAAAAAGACAAGGAAAUCAUGAAGAGGCUUCAGGAUUACAAGGGCAAAACUAAAGAUGACAUCAAUAAAGACAAUUCCCAAGGAGAUGACAAUUGUAAUUCUGACAGUGACAAUGAAAAUGAGGAUGAAUUGGCUGCAAGUCUGAUCAAGCGGUUGAUAGAGGAACAGAAGCUUGAUGAAGCAGCAGGCAGGGACAGUAUAGAUGUGGACAAAAUUGGGGUCAGGAGGUCACAGAUCAGGUCCAAUGAGGAUAUGUCACAUGAGGAUGAUGAUGAACUUCCCUACUGUUCUAUCUGUACUGAAGAUGCCAAUAUUCGCUGUCAUGGUUGUGAUAAGGACCUUUACUGUAAUCAAUGUUGGAACAAAAGUCACAAGGACUUCCAAAUGGAAGACCAUGUCACAUCCAAGUAUAUUGUCCCAAAGGGAAUCACCUGAUUGAUGGCCAAUGGACGUUUUUCCUUGCUAGGAGAUAUCCUUAUUUAUGCUGGAAGGAAAUCACUUUAAUAAUUUGAUCAAUACCAGUUACAAUGGAUUUUUCUCUUGACCAGGUUUUACUUCUUAUUUUUUUUUACUAUAGUUGAGGAUCUUAAUGUUUUAGAAUAUAAUGAUCAUAUCAAUAACAAAGGACUGCAGACUGCCGAUCAAGAGGCAUUACCCAUUGUGAUAAAGAAACGAUAACUCGUUGAACAAGAAUUUACUAUGUUGUAAUCCAUAAUCUCACUACACAUCACUAACUACAUUGUAUUACUAUGUCCAUGAGAUAUUAUUUAAGCAUGAAUUUCAUCAAUCAAAAGGUAAUCAAGAAAUUAGUAUUCUAAAGGAACGGAUUCUUUGCUUAAAAACAAAUAUCUAAGCCAAAAGUUACAGUUUGCUUCCAUGUUUAGUGUGUUUAUGUAUUCAGUUAUAAGCUGUUAAUGGCGUUACUCUGUGUACAUGUUAUGUGUUGCUCAUGCUGGUAAUAUCAGUGAUAUUGAUUCACACUACAUAUAGUAGUCACAGAAUUUAUGUUCAAGUUGCUGUUAUGUCACAAAUAAAUUAUUCAUUGUAAAAGUCUA